AUGCCAUCAAAAGAAACUUCAUCGUUAUCAUCACUAUUUAGUUCAUUUACCAAUGGCAGCUUCACAUAUUUGUAUGAUAUAUUCUCUUCUUGCUUUCCCAGAACAAGCACAAGUGUGACUGCUGCAGUGAACAAGCCUCAGCCACAUGCAAAUCAAGCGAAAUGGAUGGCUGAUUUGAAAGAUAAGAGAAUAAGUUUCUUAAGUGGACUAUUUGGUGCAUUCAAAGAAGAAAUUCAUACAGAUGCACAGCUCAAGCCCGGUGAUAAUGGCCCUUGCAUACAAGCACACAGGGUCUUAUUAGCAACAAGAUCUGAGAUCUUUAAGAACAUGCUAUACUCAGAUGGCUUCAAGGUUCCACCAUGCGAUACCAUCACUCUUCCUGAACUAAAUUCUGAAGAGCUUGAAUCUCUGCUGGAGUUCCUUUACAGUGGUAGCUUGCCCUUGGAAAAGUUGGAGAAGCAUGUCUACCAAUUGUUCAUUGCUGCUGAAAAAUAUGAGAUUCCAUACUUGCAGGAGUUCUGCCAAUGUUAUAUGCUGAAUUCAUUGAAUGCAUCAAGUGUUCUUGAUGUUUUAGAGACCUCAGAAGUUUGUUCAAACAAGGGAUUGAAGGAAAUUGCCCUCAACUUCAUCUGCAGGAACACGGAGGCUGUAGUUUUUUCAGAUAAGUAUGAAGCUUUGGCAGCCAAGAACCCUCAGCUUUGCAUGAAGAUUACAAGGGAAUUCUUUAUGAAUGCCAGAAAUGAGAAAAUCAGUAGAGUUAGAAUAUUGGGGUUUCAGAAGAAAAUAGGGCUUCAGGAGAAAUCCUGCAAGGAGUUUCAGGUAAAGGCUGGUGAAGGAAAAAUGGGGAAUUGCCAAGAACUUGAACAAUGUAAGCACUAAAAAAUUUAGAGGUCCUGUUUGGUAUCUUUUCUUAAAAAAGGUAUUUGGAUUUUAGAUUUAGUAAAAAAUUUGUGACAAGGUAUAUGUAAAUAUUACCUGCAUGAUUAUUUUUGAAUUCAUGGUUUUGUUAUGAUUGUUUAGUACUGAAUUUGAAAUACUUAGCAAUUAUGACUUUGAUGAAAUUCAUUUUUAGACAUAAAAUCUUAACUGAUUUGUAUAUUUUUGGAUUUUCUUUUGUUUAUUUUUUCUUUAUAAUAACUUCAAUAAAAGCUGAAAACAAAUAGUAGAAACUACACAAA